CGAUGGUGGUGGCCUCAUCUAGCAGUCUGAAUCACUUAAAACUCAUGGAAAGUUGCCAUGAAAACUCAGUCCAGCUACGCAGGUACACUGGGACACUUUUCGCCAAGCGUCUAAAUCCACCAUGUCCAAUCAAUUCCAUCGUGAAGUCCUAAGCGAACACAACCGACUACGCGCGCAGCACUCGGCAUCUCCACUGCAGCUAAGCGAAUCGCUCUGUAAAUACGCUCAGGAAUGGGCCCAGCUCAUUGCGAGUCGUAACAAGUUGCAACAUCGUACCGAGCGCACGUACGGUGAGAAUCUGUACGCCAAGUUCGGCAAAACCAACAUAACCGGAGCGGAACCAGUACAAAGUUGGUACAGCGAGAAAAAGGAUUAUACCUUCGGACAACCAGAUCCGGGAUCGAACUUUUCCCGGGUCGGUCAUUUCACCCAGCUCGUAUGGAAGGAAUCCAAACAGCUCGGGGUGGGAAUGGCCACCAACGGAAGCAACGUGUACGUGGUGUGCAACUAUGAUCCGGCUGGGAAUUUUAAGAACCAAUACGCUCGAAAUGUGACAGCUUGAGAAAAAUGGAAAGGAAGUUUCGAUAAAACAGCAUGUUAUUAGAAAUUGAUCUGAAAAUAUGAAGAAUAUGUUUCAAUAAUAAUAUGUUUCAAUAAUAAUUAAAUAACAUACAUUUUGAAUGACAAUUAAAGAAUUAAUCGAAUAA